AGUUCAGGUUUUGUUUAUUCGAUAUAUGUAUAUCUGUAUACAUAUGGUCGGCUCUCGGUCCUGAAACAAAAACAAUAUAAUGUAAUCUAAAGUUUUUGGCUAUUGUCAUAAGUUAUCCCUCCACUUGUGUAAAGUUCCCGCAGAAACACGAUACAAAAGAAAAACAGCUGAAAUAAAUUGCGACAUUUUAGCAGAAAAUCUCAACUACAUCUCGGAUUUGAUUUACAUAAAAAGCCACUAUACAUACAACAGUAUCUGUUUAUGUAUGUAUGUACUACUUGGCUUACACAAAUGCGUUAUUUGCACAAAACCUUGUAUUAUUGAGGUCAAGAUCUAAGGAGAAAAGUAUACGAUUUUCAGAUGGCUUCCAACUCAACGAAGAAAAGCAAAUCCUCUGGUAUGCGCAUAUUGUGGAUACCAGGGCGAAAGUCCCAUUCCAAGGGCCGUUUUAGUACUACCAACAAACACAUCUCGUACUCGAGUCCUCAAAAAAAGAGCGAAGUAUGGUCUUUGGGAGGCAGCAAGGCACAGUCCGAGCUGAUUGACUUCCCCUCUCCCGAUUUGACCGGCAAUACUCCUUCAUCGUCACUCAGCAUUGUGGCCACAUGCUCGAUGGUUCAAGGGGCAAACAGCGAAAUAGCGUCCUCUGAUGACUUGGCUGUCGUUUCGGAGUCUGCUACUCUGCCAGCCACACCGGUGAGCCUGAUCUCACCGAUCCUGAAUAGCCCCUCUUCUGAGACUGGAUCUGCAUCUACCCGAGCCAUGGCUUCUCCCAACGUCAUCACCACCGUUGUAAUACAGGACUUGCACAACUUUAUGAGCCCUGACGACUUGCCCAAAGUGCCAGCUUUGACAGUAGGCGAUACCGAUGUGGUGCUAAACAGCUCGGCGGGAACCACAGCCUCAGUAGCAACGACUUCUUCGCCAAUGGCCAACCAUAAGCCAGGAUCGCCGCCUGCAUCUCUUUCCCAGCAAACGACGCCACAGAAGAGCAGAUAUAAAAAUCACAACAACAACCAGGAGGAUAUCAAUUCCAUUGAAAGCAUUUCCAGUUUCCCACGGUUACAGGGAAACGCAACGGACUUCGACUGGAUUGAUGAAAUGGUGCAACAGCGGAACUGCAAUGAACUGAUGCAUAAGAAUAAGCGGAAAAAGUCAAAGAAAGUCGAGGGCCUGGAAAGCGAUCAACUAGACGGAAAACUCUUUGCCUACACUAAUGACAAGGCUAAAUUGAAUGGCAAGAGCGAUGAGGACGACGAAAAAGUUGUCAAGUGCUUGUACUACUCACUUAUGUGCUGCGACUGUACUAUUUCGUAAGGGAUCGUACGAACCAAUCAGCGUCCAUGUAAAAUACCUCUAAACCACCUAUGUAAAGAUAUAUUCGCUUUUUUAUACUUUAGCAUAGUAUA